AUGAUUCCUGAAAAUAAUAUCCCUACGAAGGCUUAUGUCGUUGACUCCCCGGGAGCCCCCUUUACACUCCAGGAUGUGAUUCUAGAUGAAGUGAAACCUGAUGAGGUUCUCGUCGAAAUACAGUAUACUGGUCUGUGCCAUACAGAUAUUGUCGUUCAAAAGGGUAUCAUUUCCGCUGGUCAAUAUCCUGCUGUUUUAGGCCACGAAGGCGUGGGAAUUGUCCGCCGCGUCGGCAGCAGUGUCAAAGAUAAGACUCUUAAGGAUGGUGAUUUAGUUUUCCUCGGUUUCAACACCUGCAACAACUGCUCUGCCUGUCACGAUGAACGAAAGGGAUUCUGCCAUAGUUUCACAUCGUCCAAUUUUGUUGGUGGCCGUGGGGAGAACGGUCCCUCGCCUAUCUCUUCCACAAGUGGGAAGUCUAUCCGAGGAAAGUUCUUUGGACAGUCUUCCAUGAGCAAGUUGGCAAUUGUAGCAGAGUCCUCCAUUGUUAAGAGUCCUAUUCCGCUUGACAUCGAUACAGAUCUUGCCCCACUUGCCCCUCUAGGAUGUGGCUAUAUAACAGGGGCUGGAACAGUGAUGAAUGUUUUGAAACCCAAGCCGUCUACUAAACUUGUUGUGCUCGGCAUGGGUGCUGUCGGUCUGGCUGCAGUGAUGGCUGCUCGAGCUAUGGGUGUGGAGACAAUUAUUGGGGCUGACUUUGUUGACGCAAAGCUUGAACUCGCCAAAGAAGUAGGAGCCUCGCAUAUUUUGAACACAAAGAAAGUUGCUGGCCUCAAGGAGGGGCUGCUGGAGAUGUUCCCUGGCGGUGUUGAUCAGAUUCUUGACACAACUGGCGUAGUGCCCCUGCUCGAGGCGUCUAUCGAAGCAUUGGGUCAUGAAGGAGUGUUGGUCAUAGUGGGAGUCGUCCCUGCUGGCGCAAAACUGAGCUUUGAGCCUCAAGAAUUCAUGAUGGCCUGUAAACAGAUUAUUGGUUCGAUCGAGGGAUGCUCAAAUCCACAAGUUCUACUUCCGCAACUCAUCAAACUCUACAAAGAGGGUAAAUUUCCUGUUGAUAAGCUAUUCAAAGUCUACGAUACCAGGGCUUUGGAGGACGCGUUGGAGGACUUAAAAUUGGGCAAGGUGAUCAAACCUAUACUCAAAUGGACCGAUCUGUAA